AGCAAACGCUCGAAAUGAAACUUCAGGGUUACUGGCCAUAGUUUCGAAAUUUACAUUAUCCUGAAGCAUCAUUAAGGAAUAAAAGGACGGCAACUUAGCGAAUAGAAAGAGAUUAGCUUCUGAGAGAUGGCAUCCCCACCGAAGGUGCGCAAAAUAGCUGUUCUAGGCUCCAGAGCAGUCGGGAAGUCCUCUCUAACUGUCCAAUUUGUCGAAAACCAUUUUGCGGAGACAUACUAUCCAACCAUCGAGAAUACAUUCACAAAGACUGUCCGUCACCCAACAACUCACCAAGAAUACGCGCUUGAAAUCUACGACACCGCAGGACAAGACGAGUAUUCAAUCUUGAACUCCAAACAUGCCCUUGGGAUUCAUGGCUACGUCAUUGUAUAUUCGAUUGCGAGCAGAGCGUCCUUUGAAAUGUGUUCAGUUGUUCGAGAUAAGAUUCUGAACUAUACUGGGAUGGAAUGGGUUCCGAUGGUGCUGGUAGCAAAUAAGUUAGAUCUGCAAAUGCAGAGACAAGUUUCAACGGAAGAAGGGGAAAGACUGGCGAAGGAAUGGAGGUGCUCUUUCGUGGAGUGCAGUGCAAAAAUGAAUCAAGGCGUAGCAAAGGCGUUUGAAACGAUGUUGAGUGAGAUUGAAAAGCAAUCGAAAGGCGAUGCAGAGCCGCCCAAGAAGGGGUGUAUGAUUCAAUGAAAACGAGGAUUGCCGGACGCAUGUCUCUAGAAAGUCUUUCGCUUGUGUUUCUUGAUUAUUCCUCUACCGAUUGUGUGUACGUGUAAAUACAAAUUAUAUGCUAUAUCUUACUCCAUA